AUGUCACAAUAUACCGUUGUUUUGAGUCUUCAGCAAAUUGAACCAAAAAACGAAGCUUUCAUAUCCCUUCUGGUCACCCAAAACGGCCUUGAUUUCGUGAAGGAAUUGUUGGUGAAAAGGGCGAUUUCUUCAAUAAUCUCACUCCGGUUGCGGGAUAUUGAAAAAGGAGCAAAUUUUCCAGUUGUUGGUAAUGUGUAUAUGUCACUUUCCAACAUCACAAUAUACGAAAUCGAUGUUGCUUCAUCAAUUGUGAAGCCAGGGGAAGCAGGGGUUUCAAUUGUGGCUUCUGGGGUUACUUGUAAUUUGAGCAUGAAUUGGUAUUACUCUUACAGCACUUGGCUUGUUCCUGUGAGGAUUUCUGAUAGAGGUAGAGCAGAAGUUCAGGUUGAAGGCAUGCAAGUCGGCCUUACGCUUGGUUUGGAGAAUCAAGAAGGGUCUUUGAAGCUGAAACUUGAGGACUGUGGUUCUUAUGUUAAAGAUAUUUCAAUAAAAUUGGAUGGAGGUGCAUCUUGGCUUUAUCAAGGGAUAGUUGAUGCUUUUGAAGAGGAAAUCGGGUCAGCAGUAGAAAAUGCAGUUACCAAGAAACUUAAAGAAGGGAUUUCACAACUGGACUUGUAUUUGGGAAGUCUUCCAAAGGAGGUUCCAGUUGAUGAUCAUGCAUCUUUGAAUGUAACUUUUGUUAAUAAUGUCUUAUUAAGCAAUUCAUCCAUCGGAUUCGAAACUAAUGGGUUAUUCAUAGAAAGAAAUAAUUCUGUCCCUAUUCCUAAGUUAUGCCAUAAGAAAUCAGAAUUCCCAGUUUCCUGUGCAUAUUCUUCAAAAAUGCUAGGCAUAACCAUGGAUGACGCUGUCUUUAACUCCGCAUCGGGAUUGUAUUAUGAUGCAAAAUUUAUGCACUGGAUAGUGGACAAGAUACCAGAUCAAUCUCUAUUGAACACUGCAGGAUGGAGAUUUAUUGUUCCCCAACUAUACAGGAAAUACCCAAAUCAUGACAUGAACUUGAAUAUAUCUUUAUCUUCUCCUCCGGUUGUGGAGAUAUCAAAUCAGAAAGCAGGUGCCAACGUGUUUGCAGACCUAACAAUUGAUGUUUUGGAAGAACAUGAAGUAAUACCAGUGGCAUGCAUCUCAUUGGUGAUUAGAGCCUCAGGCUUGGUAAAAAUCAACGGAAACAACCUCGUAGGUGCCGUGAAAUUGGAUGACUUUUCAAUGUCAUUGAAAUGGAGCACCAUUGGCAAUCUGAGGAUGUACCUUGUUCAGCCAGUUGUGUGGACUCUCAUUGAAACUGUGUUCUUGCCAUAUGCAAAUUUACAUCUCAGCAAAGGGUUCCCUUUACCCAUCAUUCAUGGCUUCACCUUACAAGAAGCAGAGAUAAUAUUGUCAGAUUCAAGAAUCACGGUUUGCAGCGACGUGUCGUUUUCCGAUUCGAACAAGCUUCUCUUCAAAUUCAUUCAGUAGAGAUAGUGUUUGUUGAUGCAUGUAAAUAGCUCGGUUUAGAAAUCUGAAUUGUUAUCUGCUUGUACAAUUUUCAUUCAUUUGUUAGGAUAGUCAACAGUGCAAGUGUGCAACUGUCAAUAGAAAAAGAAAAGGGGAAAAAUUAAACAUUGAUAUAUAUGUACUUACACCAUAAAUUUUUAUGUACAAUGAAGGUUAUAUUCGUGAUGUACAUUGUUUUCCAUACAUAUAUUUCAUGUCACGAGUCAAUAAAGAAGUUAUUAUA